AUGGACAAAUUUGUGACAAGAGGGUUGCCACCAUCUCUAAGAAGAGAUGAUGGCUCUUCAAAGAUAAGUGAUGUAGAGAUCAACCUUGAGGAUCUAGCUGCAGAUCCUGGACUACGAACUCCGAUAUUGAAUUACCAUCCCGAUGUUCGAGAUCAAAUUCGGAGAGCAUAUUUACUAAAGGGUCCUUGCCAACCUAAAAAAUAUCAUUUUCCUUAUAAGAGUUAUGGGCAAUGCUUACGACGAUUCAACCCGGCAUGGUUUGAUGCCUUUUCUACUUGGUUAGAAUAUAGCAAAGAUAAAGAUGAAGCAUAUUGUCUAUGUUGUUAUCUUUUUAAACCAAAAAUUCGAGAACAAUCGGGUGGUGAUACCUUUGUGAGUGAAGGAUUUUCUAAUUGGAAGAAGGGUUUGAAAAAACUACAAAGCCACAUUGGAGGUCCAAAAAGUGCCCACAACCAAUGUUCGAGUAUGUGCCAAGCAUUAAUGAAACAAAAACAACACAUUCAGUCAAUUUUCUUCAAGCAAUCAGAGAAGACACGAAUUGCAUAUCGAACACGAUUGAUUGCAUCAAUUGAUUGUGUUCGAUAUCUUUUACGACAAGGUCUUGCAUUUCGUGGUGACGAUGAAACUGAGGAUUCAAGCAACCAAGGGAAUUUUCUCGAGACAUUGCGAUUUUUUGCGAAUCAUAAUGAAGACAUUAAUGCGGUUACAUUGCAAAAUGCUCCUAAAAAUCACAAAUUAACGGCACCUAAGAUCCAAAAGGACAUUGUUAAUGCCAUUGCAUUGGAGACUCUAAAUGUUAUUAUCGGAGAUAUUGGUGAUGCUUUUUUUUCUAUUCUAAUUGAUGAAUCUCGGGACAUAUCAACAAAGGAGCAAAUGGCUUGUGUCUUACGGUAUGUGGACAAGAAUGGGCAUGUAGUUGAACGUUUUGUGGGUCUAGUGCAUGUUUCUGAUACCACUUCCAUCUCAUCCAAGAAGGCGAUUGAUGCUUUAUUUUCUAGACAUGGGUUGAGCAUUUCUAGAUUACGAGGGCAAGGUUAUGAUGGGGCUAGUAAUAUGUGA